AUGGUUCGAAUUGAAGCAUCAAGGGCUGAUCGGUGUAAAUUUUAUCCUAUUGCAGGUUCUGCGAAGUACCUGGAAGAUCGGAAGAAAUCCUCGCGGCAAGCCCGCGUGACCCUUCGAUGCAAGUCCAGCAGCCGUCUGGAGACGCUUGAUGUGAAAGAGCUGGGAAGUGUAGAGCAGGCGGAGAAGCUCUGCUGGGACGGUGUCACGCACGUCGUCAGUGGGAUCCAGUACGGUGUUGAGGGCUUUAUGGUCUUCGAUCGGGAGGUCUCAUCAGAGGAGACAGUGAGAGAAGUGGAAGAGAGCCUGAAAAUCGUCCUGGAUGAAUUCAAGGCCAAUGGAGCUGAACCUUUCGCAGCGAAAGACGACGAAGCUCAUCGUUUUCUUUGCACAUACCACGGGGACAUAUCCCUUGCUAAGAACCCAACCACAUUCAUGGAGGGCCUUAGAGCACACGAGGAUGUCACGAUACUCUCCCGCAAAGUGAGUGUGCCUAAGAGAGCGUACCUUACGCCCCUGCACGAGUUGGACGAUAGAGCCGUUCAGCUAAUGUGGGAAGUGAGUCCAGAGAUCGUGGGGAAGGCAGAGGCGAUCUUCGAGGCCUUGCACGACCUCAAGGUCCGGACAAACGACUUGGUGGGGUCCAAGGCUUACGAGCAUUUCUCGGGGAUCCGAGCCCAGAUGGAUACUUUCCGAUCCCUCGUCGACAGAUUCAAGACGGAUUUCCAGGAGAGCAUCGUUCCCCUGAUAAUGUCCAUUCGCUUGUACGGCUCGGAAGAAACGUCCAUCUCUCAACUCAUGCAGCAAAAGAUGGCGCUCAUCUAUGGUGGGAAAGAACUCCUGAACUGGCUAACGGAGAAAGAAACGGAGAUAAGGAUGCUGGGCGAUUUCUUGGGAUCCUUCGAGGGAGUUACCUUCGCCUUCGCACCUGUCGAAUUGUCUAACGUUCUUAACGACAAGGAGAUCGCCAACACCGUGUGCUUCGUCUUCCGAGCUUCUCCAAAAACAGACAUCUGUUUGGAACGUGUGUCUCAAUAUUUAAAGAGGAAGGGGACAGACAGCUCUUCUCCCCAGAACGAAACCCCAAAAAGUUGGUACAAGGAUAAAGAUAUAAUGAUGUCAUUGGAAGCAGAUGCGAAGAAUUUCAUGCAUUCCUUUGAAGCCAACAAGUCGCAGAAGCACUUGAAGUUCGUGGUGACGGAAGACCACCUCAGAGAGAAAUCUCACGAUAUCAUCUUGUAUGAAGGAGGUACGCCUCGGCGUUUCGUCCCGCCAGGGAAGCCGGGAAUCCCUAAAGUCUUGGAGGUCACACACGACACCGUCCUUCUUUCAUGGGAUUCUCCCACUUACGGAUCGGAAUCCGUGGAGGGGUACCUGGUGUGGUGGAGGCCGUUCGAGAGCGAAGACUCGUGGCAUCGAGUCGAGGUGAACGGGAAGGUCGAAAGCAUCACCAUCCCUGGCCUCAAUCCGAAUUCAAAAAUUGUCUGCAAGGUUCAAAGUCGAUGUUCAAUCGGAACUAGCGAGGAGAGCGGAGAGAGCAAAUGCAUCCAGACACUGCCUCUUGAUUCCGCUCGACACACUCCCGAGCUCCUGGAAGGAUUUCAGAGCAUCAAAGAACUCAAGAGUGGCUGGAUGAGUACACACACCCUCAUCAGCACUCAAGAGUACCAAAACGACCUACCACUUUCUCCUCCCGUACUGGAACCUCGGGAGGAGGAGUCGAUGUUCAAGGAGCUCUCUGCCAUUUAG